AUGGGCUAUACUACAUUAUGGACGCGCCUUUCGCCGCGUCAGCUGAAUGUUGCCAUUCAGAUAUUCUCGCUGAUCUCGAUCUUCUUUGAGGGAUAUGACCAGGGUGUGAUGGGUGGCGUCAAUAGCUCACCGAAAUAUGUGACAGAGGUUGGCAUUGGUAAGCCUGAUGGGACAGUGACCGACACCACUCACCAGGGUGGCAUUGUUAGCAUCUAUUACCUGGGUGCGAUCUUCGGUUGUUUUGCCGGCGGGUGGCUUGCAGAUCGAGUUGGUCGGAUUAACGGGCUACUCGCUGGUUCAUUAUUUGCGCUUGUUGGUGGCGCCCUGCAAGCGGCCGCGCAGGAUUCGAACUUCAUGUUGUGUGCCAGAGUGCUUACAGGGAUUGGGACCGGGGCCUUGACUGGUAUUACCCCAGUGUUAGUAUCCGAAAUCUCUUCCGCAAAUCAUCGGGGUGGCUAUUUGGGAUAUGUUUUCAUUGCCAAUUAUCUAGGAAUCUCCGUCGCAUACUGGAUCUCCUUCGGCCUCGCUUUCGUCGAUAACGGUUACUCGGACGUACGAUGGCGCUUCCUUCUUGCCUUCCAGUGUUUCCCGGCACUCCUCCUUGUUGUUUUUAUCAAAAUGUUGCCGGAUAGCCCCCGCUAUCUGGCCUCGGUGGGGCGGAAUGAUGAAGCUCGAGACCUUUUGAACCGAAUCCGCAAAGGCCGAGCCUCCCAGGAUGCUAUCGAUGAAGAAUACCUUGAGAUUAUAACUGUUGCCAAGGGAAGCAAGCGCAGCUCACCCGUUGAGUUUGUAAAGAUUUUCUUUGGAAGGGGUGGAAAACCAGGGCUGAACCUUGGCCGUCGGGCUUGGUUGUGUGUUUGGCUUCAAAUUAUGGCGUCCUGGACGGGUAUUACUGCUGUUACUGCCUAUUCCCCGACACUGCUUGCGCAGGCAGGUUAUGAUGAUAUGAAGCAAAACGGUCUUGCUGGAGGAAUCAACACAAUUGGAAUUAUAGGUACUAUUAUCAGUGCUCAAAUAAUUGACCGAUUAGGCCGACGGGUUUGUUUGAUGGGCGGAGCAGCUGUUUUGUUUGCCGUCAAUCUUAUUGCCGGGGCCGUUUAUGAAGGCUCGCUUCAUAACCCCGAGAAGGCAGCUCAAUAUGCGCCUGGUGCUGUGGCUAUGCUCUUUUUGUUUAACUUGGGUUAUGCUGCUACCUGGGGUACGGUUGCUUUCUUGGUCCCCACUGAAAUCUUCCCCAGUGAUCUACGAGCCCAAGGCAAUGGAUUUGGCAUCACAGGGUGGGCCAUUGGAGUGGGUAUGACUACUUUGGUCAACCCCGUCAUGUUUGAUGUCAUGGCCAGUCGUACAUACUUUUUGUUUGCUGGCCUUAACCUCAUCUGGAUCCCUAUCGUCUACCUAUUCUACCCUGAAACCCGCAAUCGCUCUCUUGAGUCGAUUGACGCUCUUUUUUCGACCCCUAGUCCAUUCUACUGGAAGAUGGAACAGGCAUAUAAGCUUCACGGCGAUGUCCUCGCCGAACACGGAGUUAGUAGGAGUGAGGCUCUCAUUGGUGGCAAGACUGAGCUGGCAGCCUCCCCAAACAAACUUGCAACUGCCUAA